AUGGAUCAACGACAAAAGUGUAAAUUAUCAUCCCCCAAUGAUGAAGAUAUUGCAACAUUUUUGGAUUUACUAGAAAUCGACGAUGAUACAGACGUGGAAGAAGAUUUGGAAGAUCUUUUAGACGAAGAUGUGGACGAUGCAGAAUUACCUAUCGACACUGGAAUUGACGAGGUGAUUAAUAGGGCGAAAUUUACCACCUGCCUUUUACUGUUCUCACUCAUUGCUCAGAACCACCUUGCAGCCAGUGCAGAGGAUGAGAACUCCACAGAGACUAAUGAAAUAAUUCCCCGAAAAGCAAUCGAAAAGUUGGAUUUUUCCGUAAGACAAGCUCUGUUACGUGCCAUAGACAAGUUGGAGAGAGAAGCAGCCGCUGAGGACUACGAUGAGGUAGACGAAGAAGAUCACAGCGUUACCAGUUACUCCACCGAGGAGCCACUAACUCAAAUGCCAGCAAAUACAUUGACUGCACCAAGCAUCAGCAACACUACCAUAACAACCAAUAGCAGCAUAACCGCAAACAACGAUGCCAGAACAACUACUAACAAGGAUGAGAUACUCGAGGAGAGUACCAAUGCUGCCGAUGUGCAUCCCACUGUGCAAUUUUACACAGCAAUUUUCGAUGAGAAGCAUGCACACGAGCAACCAUUGGCGACCUUCAUCGAUCGUUCACGCAUCUGGAAGAAGACCAUAAAGAAAGCACACACAGGCGCUCCACUAAUUGCCAAUGACGACACAGUGGCACAUGCUUCGAGCACUUUCGAGAGUAACCGACAGACGGCGCGCAGUGUUGGCAAUCUAUUGAAUUCAAAUUCAGCAGCGCGCUUGAAUGAAAUCUCCGGGGAGAAUUCAGAUGAAAUUAAAUUUGAGAUACGUAAAACGCAUGGCCCCACCGUAGCAGCAGCAACACCAUCUACCACCACAACUACAAUAGCGACGACAUCGACAACUACAACACCAGCACCACGUACCACACGUCGGCGUCCUCCUACCACCACCACUACAACAACCACCACUACUCCACGUCCCACACACAAUGAGGAUGGCGAGAAUAUCGAAGUGGUGGAUAAAAGUGAUAUACGAAUUCUAGCGGCACCAUUGGUGACGGCGUUCACCGUCGAUUUAGAUGAGCGUGGAGCGGCCAAGAAUGUUAUUCCGAUCGUAGAUCAACCAAAGGUGCACCGGCCACUGCCUUCCACUAGCGGUCAGCAGCUUUUUGGGGGUGUGGGUCCCACAAUAUCGAAGCUGAGUGUUUUGCCAGCAAACCAACUGUCGAGCGUGCCUCAAAGUGAGGCAGUGUACAGUAAUGUUGGGCUGGUGGCACCAACUCAAGCGACAAGUAUUUUAGCUGCUCCCACGACACCGUUUACGAAUACUGCUGCAGCGGAUAAUUUUGUAACGAAGAACUCUAUCCACACAGCUGUCGCCGCCAAUGGUAAUGCCAACCAAGAAGGUGUAAGCAAUUACCUAAUCGAACGUCAACGCCAGCUCGAACAGCAAAUCUAUCAACUAAAGCUACAAGCACAACAACAACAAGACUUAAUUCUGCGACAACUGAAAUUGCUUGAGGAGCAAUCGCGCUUGAACAGCUUGCCACACCCCACCGCGCAAACGCUGCCGGUGACAACAACGCAAAACUUUAUACAGCAGCAACAAGCGCAGUCACACCCGCAACCACAGCCACAGCCACAACAGCAAACUGCAACGCAACAGCAACAAUCGCAAGUUGUCAAUUUCACCAUACGUCCCUCCGUGGAAUUUAUACAACCAAACACUGCCACCCAAAGUACGACAACAUUUUUCAACACUUUUCCCGUCGAGCAACAAUUGCCGUUACACGAGACGAACAAUAAAUUUUCGCUUAGCGGCAGUAGCAGCAAUUAUACGCCGAAUAUUUUGGCAGUGACGCAACAACAAUUGCCAACAAACGAUCCAAUACAAAAAGUCUUUCAAAAUUUGCAAAACUUGCAGACCCCCAGCGUGAGCCCAACACAGCCACAGGCGACAAAUGCGGGGACUUCGGUGCAAAUACAGGCAUCGAAUCAAUUCAAAUAUACGCCGACUUUUUCUACCGUGCAGCAAUCACCGCUGGAGGCGUCACUCUUCCAGGCACUGCCGCAACAUAAUCAUCAGCAAUUCCAUCACCAGCAACAGCAACAACAGCAGCCGCAGCAGCAGCAGCAUCAGCCACAGGCACAGCAACAAUCGUCUUUGGUGCCCAGUUUCUUGAGUCAAGCAUUGCUGGAGCAACAACAACAACCGCAACAACAACAGCAGGCAUUUCAGCAACAGCAACAACAACAUCGUUCACGUUUAUUCCGCCAAGAAGCGGGCACAUCUAAUUUCGGCCAAAAGCAGUCAAUUUCCCAGUUUCCCUCCAUCCAAUCUGUCAUACCGGCAUCCAUACUGAGUCUGCAACAGCAUCAGCAACAACAAACAUUGGAUAAUGAAAACUUCUAUCGACAACAUUUAGAGCCACAAAUUAGCAGUCAACUGCAGCAAAAUGCGCAAUUCUACCAACAACAACAGCAGCAGCUACAGCCACCACCAGCACUAAAUCGUGGCAUUAACAACUUUGCACCAACUUCACAAAAUCUACCCUUCGCUGGACGAUUCUAAGCAGUCGUGAGCCGUUUGAAGAACGAGUACAACGAACCUGUAGCUUUCACUGCCGCACGCAAAAGUCAUUAAUAAAAACUCUAUUCGGUCUAAAUUGGCGGUCUAUUGGCGCACCUACUAUGUAAGGCAAAACGAUGUGAGUCCUUGGAGCCGCAUGCACUUGUAACUACUACUAGAAUGAAGCAACAACAAUUUGGUUUCUAUCGGAAUAAAUGCACCAACGCUAAAAGCCGCAACAAUCACACACCUAACUAAUUACUAUUAACAAUAACAACUACA